AUUCAUUGUCCACUCUGCUGAAGGGAAAAAUAUUUAGCCUUUGACUGAGCCACUGCGGACAUAUUGUAACGUGUUCGGGCAAGCUGGACUCCUGCCCCUAGUUAUAAUUUUUACAGACCGUUUUUCCUCGGCGUUUUGCAAUUUUGUACGAGGCAAUUAUUAUAUACGGAUAGGCAACGUCACUGAUACUUGGAGUAUUUUCUUCCGUGAAAAGAGUAGUCUACAGAGUAGGGACACCUCCGCGAGUUAAGUUUUUUUUUAUCUAGAAAAAGCGCACGGGAUAUUUUGCCUCAAAUGAGGUUCUGAAAUUAUUUUAAAAUAUAUAUAUAUUUUAGAAAACACGAGUCAAGAUGGAUCUGAGGCUACUUUCAAUAGCAACAUUAUUAGGAAUAUUAUGUUCCUGCAGUGCACAGCAAGAGGGCGGUGAUUGCAUCAAGGCCAAUGCACAAUCAUGUGGGGAAUGCAUCCAAGUGGCAGAGAAAUGUGGAUGGUGUACAGACACUGACUUCCUGAAGCAGGGAGAGUCUAAGUCAGCACGCUGUGAUGAGCUACAGUCCCUGAUCACGAAGGGCUGCACUAAGGCCAGGAUUGAGAACCCCCGGGGCAGCACCUCCAUCAACAAGAACAAGGCUGUCACCAACCGCAAGAAGGACAUGGCAGAGAAGCUGAAGGCUGACCAGAUCACUCAGAUCCAGCCUCAGAAACUCACCCUCAACCUCCGAUCCGGUGAGGCCCAGACCUUUAAGUUGAAGUUCAAGAGAGCAGAGGACUACCCCAUCGACCUCUACUACUUGAUGGAUCUCUCCUUCUCCAUGAAAGACGAUUUGGAGAACGUCAAGAAUCUGGGGACUGACCUGAUGCGUGAGAUGAAGGAGGUCACCUCAGACUUCAAGAUCGGUUUCGGCUCCUUUGUGGAGAAGACGGUGAUGCCAUACAUCAGCACUACCCCAGCCAGACUGCUGAACCCCUGCACCAGCACCAACAACGACACCUGCACCAGCCCCUUCAGCUAUAAGAACGUGCUGAAGCUGACUGAGAACGGGGAGGAGUUCAACAGCCUGGUCAGUAAGCAGCAGAUCUCUGGAAACCUGGACUCCCCUGAGGGAGGAUUCGAUGCCAUCAUGCAGGUGGCCGUCUGUGGGGAUGCCAUUGGCUGGAGGAACGUCACACGUCUGCUGGUGUUCUCCACUGAUGCUGGCUUCCACUUUGCUGGAGACGGCAAGCUGGGCGGCAUCGUUCUGCCCAACGAUGGGAAGUGUCAUCUGGAGAACAACAUGUACACCAUGAGCCAUUACUACGACUAUCCCUCCAUUGCCCAUUUGGUCCAGAAACUGAGCGACAACAACAUUCAGACCAUUUUUGCUGUUACUGAGGAAUUCCAGCCUGUUUACAAGGAACUGAAGAACCUCAUCCCCAAGUCAGCAGUAGGAACUCUGUCCUCCAACUCCAGCAACGUCAUCAAGCUCAUUAUCGAUUCUUACAACUCUCUGUCAUCUGAAGUCAUUCUGGAAAACGGCAAACUGCCUGAAGGUGUAUCCAUAACAUACAAGUCCAUCUGCAAGAACGGUUGGGUUGGAACAGGAGAGAAUGGAAGAAAAUGCUCGAACAUCUCCAUUGGAGAUGAGGUGUUCUUUGAGAUUGCCAUCAAGUCCGAGAAGUGUCCGCCUCAAGGCAAGUCCGAGACCAUUACAAUCAAGCCCCUGGGUUUUACUGAGAAUGUAGAGAUCGUCCUCAACUUCAUCUGCGAAUGUGAAUGUUCCAAAGAUGGAAAACCUCUCAGCGAGAUGUGCCACAAUGGCAACGGGACCUUUGAGUGUGGAGCCUGCAGGUGCAACGAGGGCCGUAUUGGCAGACUGUGUGAGUGCAGUACAGACGAGGUGAGGACGGACGACCUGGACGCUAACUGUCGGAAGGACAACGGUACAGACAUCUGCAGCAACAACGGAGACUGUGUUUGUGGAACCUGUGAGUGUAAAAAGAGAGAGAACCCAGAAGAACGUUACAGUGGGAAGUUCUGCGAGUGUGACAACUUCAACUGUGACCGCUCCAGUAACAAACUCUGUGGAGGACAUGGGCGUUGUGAGUGCAGAGUGUGUAUCUGCGAUGCCAACUACACGGGCAGCGCCUGCGACUGUUCCCUGGACACCUCCACCUGCCUAGCAGCCAACAAGCAGAUAUGUAAUGGCCGGGGCACCUGCGAGUGUGGCGUCUGCAAAUGCACCAACCCCAAGUUCCAGGGCACCACCUGUGAGAUCUGCCCCACCUGCCCCGGAGUCUGCGCUGAGCACAAGGACUGUGUUCAGUGCCGGGCCUUUGACACAGGAGAGAAGAAGGACACGUGUGAGAGGGACUGCAGCUACUUCAACCUGAUCAGAGUGAAGGACCGGGACAAGCUACCCCAGCCAGCCGACCAGUCCUACCCCCUAUCCCACUGUAAGGAGAGGGACGCCAACGAUUGCUGGUUCUACUACACCUACGCCAUCAGGAACCACACAGAGAGAGAAGUCUACGUGGUCGACACUCUGGAGUGCCCAGCGGGUCCUGACAUCAUCCCCAUUGUGGCUGGCGUGGUGGCGGGCAUCGUGCUGAUCGGCCUGGCCCUCCUUCUCAUCUGGAAGCUGCUCAUGAUCAUCCACGACCGCAGGGAAUUUGCCAAGUUCGAGAAGGAGAAAAUGAACGCGAAGUGGGACACGGGAGUGAAUCCCAUCUACAAGAGUGCCGUAACAACUGUUUUCAAUCCAAAAUACGAGGGCAAAUGAUGGAGCUUCCUCUGUCAUUACAACACUGUAUGCAAAAGAACAUGGAAGGAGUGGUGUUUUUAUGUUCACUUUGUUUUUUUAGUUGCCAAAUAUUAGCAGGGCAUUUAGACACUAUUUCAGUAUGUUUUACUAACU